CACGUUUUUAUUUAAAUUUACUAUGCGUUUUACUGCUAGUAGGUAAGACAAUAAAAUAACUAAAUAAAAUUGUGAGAUUUCAAUGUUUUAUUACAUAGACUUCGGACGACCAAACAUAGAAAAUUAUAAUUAUGUUGAUCCUGAGGAGCCCCUAGAUGAUCACCUAACCCGGCCUAAUGUGGAGUAUCCUCAAAGCGAUAAUGAAGUUAAUGAAUAUUACGAUGAUCAUUAUGAAAACGAGGAUCAUAUUACAAUUGACCCUACCGAUCCACCAGAUCCUCAAACCGAGGCAUCAUCUGAUAUUGGUGAUCAAUCAUACGAUGAUCAUUUAACAACUGAAGUUGAAUUUUUUGAUGACAAUGUGAAUGACGAAUAUGAUGAACAACCCUUUCCGGAAAUAUUAGAUGCCUCCAUUGAAGGUGUGCUACAUAACGAUCAAGAAUAUUCAGACUUAGAUCUCGAUCCAAAUAUUAACGAAAUAGAAGAUCGAAUAGUGCGGUAUGCAAUGCAAAAGUGGCGUGAAGAAAUUUGAGUUACUUUGCUUAUGAUUUGUAAAUAAAAAGAUUUUUCAGUUCUACUUUAAUGCUCUCUUUAGUUUUUAUUUAAUCAUCCAUUUGUGUACAAGUUUCCAGUGAAUCAGUCCCUCCUGCGCUCCAUGCCAGCCAAUUCAGCAACGUCGGCGCAGCUCAUGCGUCGCUCCCAACCUAAUGGAGAAUACAUUUCUAUUAAAAGCCGAAAAUCUAUAAGGUGUUAUAUCCAGGACUUACCCAAGCAGCUCAACCUGGAGAGCUCACAACGUCCUACAUUCCUCC